CGUAUCACGAUUAUUACAUCCACACUGACGUAGAUAAAAUGCUGUGUGUGGAAGAUAAGAUUACGUCCGUACUGGCAGUCACAGUCACGAUCAUCCUAAAAGGUAACAACACCUAUCAGAGAAGUGAUUCCGCUCGUUUAAUCGUUUUAUUAAAGCGUAAUUGGUAUCGUUUAUUUACGAAAACAUCAGUCUCGAUACUUCCGUGUGGAAUAACCGGUAUAAUUACGCGAUCGGUAUGCUGGUUUUUCUCGUUUUCAACGUUAUUGGAAUCGGUGUUUCGGCACAAUCUGUCGAAACUUGUUCGCCGCUAUGCGUGUGUGAUGUUUGGUACAAGCUGCAGCGAGCUUCUUGCACAGGCCGCCAUCUUUACAGCGUACAUGCAGGCACCAUGCAUAAUGUGGAGGCCUUGGACUUGUCGGAUAACGUGGUGUCCACUUUGAACGGUUUCGAACUGGAGAAUGUAGGUCUGGCGAACGUGAAAUUUCUGAAUCUGUCGAAAAACACGAUCAGCGAUAUCGAUUUAAAUGCUUUCUAUGGACUGUUCAACUUAACCAUACUGGAUUUGUCCAGAAAUCAUCUUUAUUCCAUUUCGAGCGAUGUUUUCGUGGAGAACAAAAAUUUGAAAAUUUUGUACCUGUCCAAAAACAACUUCAACUCCCAUGUGCCGAAGUUGCGCACGACUUCGCUCACGGAGCUGAACUUGGAUUCUUGCCAGAUCAGUCAUUUACCUUCGGACACGUUCAGUGGACUCCCGCGUCUUCAGCGUCUGAAUCUUUCAAAUAAUUUAAUGAUUCAAUUGAGUCGCUCCGUUCUGCAAAAGUUGCCUCAUUUGAAGGAGAUAUCGUUGGAGGAGAAUCCAUGGUCGUGUAAUAAAGACAUGCAUCAACUGUACAGACAUCUCGUGCACCAUGGAGUGAAGUUUCUUGAAUUCUGCGGUCUAAAGCAUCCGAAAAAAUUUGAAAAAAUGGUGGUCGCCCCUACGAAAGACUUGACGAAUUACAGUCGCUCCGCAGCAACGAAUGCGACCACUGCGGGUACAGUGAUAAGCAAGGAUAAUCUCACCAGCGUAUCCGACAAUAAAACUCAGUUGAUAUGCGAAGAAUCGAAGAAACAAAUGCUUCUUUCCAAUUCGCUUUGGUUGCUCGUUAUCGGCUUUAUACUUGGUACGGCAUGCGGUUUGAUCGGUUCCUAUAUAUGGUUGUCGGGAAUGUGUUCAUGUGUCCGAUCUCGGAGACAAGGAAACACCUCGUCCGAUGUUUGGGGCCACACUAUACUGUUGAAUCCAUAUUUAUUAAAUAGCGUAGAUAACCAUAGUCUGACCGAGUCGUGUCCCGGUACUCCACCGCCGUCCUAUCGGGAAGUUAUGCUACGACCUAGUAGGUACCGCCUAAUGAGACAUUAAAUUCAAAUCAUACUUAAAAUCAAACGUAAGUAAGAAAAGAUUUUUCAAAAUGCACACACACACACUGUUUGCACAUUUAAAAGAAGCAUCUACACGUAAACAGACCAGAUCAUUGUUAUAUGUUGUACACGAGUGAUUUCUUCAAAACACAUGCGAGAGAUUUGUUGUUAAAAAAAAGACGAUACCUGAAUUUUACUCAAUUAAUUAAUAACAACAUUUAUUAACAGAUACAAUUUAUAAGGUUUAUAUUAACAACAGUAUGAAAUCUCGGUACAUACAACAAAGGAUAUACGUACUUAUUGUAAUUUAUAUUACAAUAUAUUACAUGCAUAUGUAUAUAUACGUACAUAACAAUGAGUAUUAUUAAGUCUUUUUAAUAAUAUCGUAUUAUGAUAAAAAAAAG